GCCGCCACCGCCGCCACCGCCUUCCUCUCCCCGACCCCGCGGGCUCUCGGCAGCACCGGCACCCCCGUGCUCGCUGAGUGCCCCGGCAACGACGAUGAGCACGAGAGGCGCCAGCGCCGCCGCUCCAGGGUUGUGGACUCGUCGCUGCAGGGUCUCGGCUCCCCAUCGCUCAGGACCGAGAGCUGGCAGCCGCCGCUGCCGCAGUGGACCAACGCGCAGAUCUCGGAGCACUACAGCACCUGCAUCAAGCUCUCCAACGAGAACAAAAUCACCACCAAGAACGCCUUUGGGCUGCACCUGAUCGAUUACAUGACCGACAUCCUGAAGCAGAAGAACUCAGAGCUCACCAACUUCCAGGUGGCGGCCGGGACUCUGGACGCCAGCGCCAAGAUCUACGCCGUGCGCGUGGAUUCCGUGCACGCCGACGCCUUCAGGGUGCUGGGCCACCUGGGCAAGGAGCCGGCCCCUGCCCGGGACCCAGACAGCUCCCAGGAAGACUCCAGCCCAGCCCCCGAGGCUGCCAGGAAGGCUCAGCCAAAGAAGAAGCAAAGCUUCAAAACCAUCGAGCAGAACCUGAGCAACAUCAACAUGCCCGAGGGCAGCCGCAGGGCCGAGGUGGAUCCCAUGUUCCAGAGAGCAGCCGCCUCCUUCGACGAGUGCAGCUCUGCCGGCAUUUUCCUGACGGGGCUGCGCUCCCAGGGCUUCCAGAGCCGGCUCCUUUUCCACUCUGAAAUUGUCCCUCUGCCCUCCUCGGAGAGCCUGGCCCUGCCCAGCUCCCAUCCCCUCACCGUGCCGGCUCUAAAAGCCCUGCUGGCCCCGUGCCUGGAAAAACGCCGGAUCUGCUCCUCCCUGGCCGGAUUCCAGUUCACCAAGUGGGAUGAGGAGUCCCACGACGAGUCGGUGUCGGCGCUCCUGGAGAAGUUCCGGAAGAGCGAGCAGGCCUUCGAUCCCAACCUGGAUCCCGACAGCGAGGAGGGCGAGGGCUGGGCCCCCUCCCAGCCCGAAUCCCCAGCUGGGGAUGGGAUCCAGGAAUUCCAGCCCAAAAGAGACUCCCUGGGCCACAGCAAGAGGAGCACUGGAGCCCCCCUGGGAGAGGGGGACAUUGGCACGCUGAGCCUGCACGUGUCCCUGAAUCCCGGGGAAUAUUCCUACUUCAGCCCCCGUGUGCUCUCCAUGUGGGCCGGCCCCGAGCACUGGCGCUUCCGGCCCCGCCAGCCCCCAGCCCCAGGCCCAGAGAAGGAUUCCCGGCAGAGGAUUCCCAGGAAGGUUUUUGAGCUGGAUUUCCAGGAGGACAUCGACUUCCAGGCCCAUUUCCAGAAGACCAAGGCAUCCAUAACUUUGGCCAAAUCCAUCCUGGAAAACCAGAACAGCCGGAGCACCACGCUCCCUGCAGACUUCAACUACGACCCCCAGACCCUGAGGCAGCUCUUCCUCAAACCCCUGCUCAAGCUCAGCCCGAGCCCGGAUCCAGUGGGAGCCUUGGACAGCGAGGCUGGAAUUGAGGAUUACGACUACAACAACCCCAACGACACCUCCAACUUCUGCCCUGCCCUGCAGGUCCCUGACAGCGAUGACGAUCCCGAUCCCGCAGAAUUCCCGGGCCAGGCGGGGCCGUUCCCGCUCCCGGCUCAUCCCGAGGCUCCGGAGUUCUCCAGGAUCAACGGCGGGAGCGGCCCGGACUGCGGGGAGCUGGAGCUGAUCGCCGAGCCCCACAAGAUCCAUAAGAUCCCCAUCCAGUACGCCAGGACGGCCAAGAGGAUGGACAUGAGGAGGCUGAAGAGGAACAUGUGGGAGCUGCUGACGGAGCAAGGAGAGGGGGAGGAGGCCGGGGAAGGGACGGAUGCAGAAGUGGCCAGAGAGAAAAUCCUGAGUGACCUCACCAAGGAUCUGCUGCGCAGGCUCCCUCCUACCAUGGCCACCAACCUGUCGGUGCCCUUGGCCUUCGUGUGCCUCCUGCACCUGGCCAACGAGAAGAAUCUGAGGCUGGAGAGCACCGAGGACCUGUCAGAUAUCCGGGUGACAGCAGGGAACUGACCCUGGAGCCACUCCAGAUCCAGCAGGGAAUGCUGAGAAUUCCCAAAAUCCCAAAUCCCUGGGAAGGAUGGGAUUUAGGGAUGUCCUGGCUGGACAGAUCCAGCAGCUUUUCCCUGGAAUUGGGAAUUCUGCACUUGACUGUGAACCCGGGCUGCUCUAUGUCCCAAAAUUUCCUGUGUCCCAAAGUUGUCUGUCUCAAAAAUUCCUCUCUCUGUGUUCCAAAAUUCCCUCUGUCUAUCCCAAAAUUCCCUCUCUCUGUCCCAGAAUUCCCUCCCUGUGUCCUUCCCAGUCUGUAAUUCCCAGUUUUUGGACUGACUGUUACUCCUGGCCCCCGUUCC